GUUCAGUCAAAUAUAGAGUAAACUAAAAUUUGAUUACUUAUUAUUCAUCAAUAAUAUUUUUGAAUUUGUAAGACCCAUUUAUUAUUAUUUUAUGAUUUAUUCUUAAUAACCAAAUAUUUUAAAAGUACAGAAUACAUUUGAGAGAAUUUGAGUUCAUAACUCAAAAUAUCAGCGAAAACUUCUUCUUUUAAUAAAUGGCCUCUUCAGUGUACAAUCAGGCAAUAUAUUUUCAUAGAUAUAAGGAUUAUGUUCUGUUUCACAAUUAAAUAGGUUAAAUUUAAUUUUGACGUUUAAUAUGUAAAUAUAGCUGGCUCAUCCAAAAAGUUUAUAAUAGAAUUUUAAAAAUGUCUGAAGCCAGUGUCUGUGUACUAGCCUUAAAUGGAAGAAGACAAAUAGUUAAAUGUACCCCAAAUACAACAAUUUUACAAAUUUUGGAAGAAGUCUGUAAAAAACAAAACUUGAAAUCUGAUGAUUAUGAUUUAAAACACCAUAAUAAAAUAUUGGAUACUACAACAACUUUUAGAUUUUCAGGAUUGCCUAAUAAUGCACAAUUAGAAUUGGUUGCUGCAACUAAAACAAGAUUACAGUCUGAAGUUAUGCUGGCAGUAAGUUUAGAAAAUGGAAACAGACUGACGGGUAAUUUUAGUCCUAACGAUAAUCUUUUUAAUAUUCUUUCUAAAAUAUACCCAGAAUGUUUAGAACAAGGAAAGAGUCCUGUAGUUAUAUAUACAAGACGUGAAAUAUAUGGUCAAGAACUCGCAAUUGUUACUUUAAAAAGUCUAGGUUUAACAGGGGGAAGAGCAAUGAUUAGAGUAAUUAAUAAAAAUCCAGAAGAAUUAAAAAUACAAGCCAAUGUUGCUGUACCUCUACCUUCAAAACCAAUAGAAGAAAAACCAUAUGUGAGAAAAUUCCAACCGUUAGAAGAAACUCUACCAAACCACCAAUCCCCAAUAGUGACUAGGAGAGACAGUGGAUCAGAAUCAGAUAGAUCAGAUACACCAAAAGUAGAAAAAAUCCAGAAAAAACAGAAUGUAGAUUUGAUCAAACUUGCAAGGGAGAAGAGAAAAAACAAUGAAACAUUAACAUCACACGUAAAAGACGAAAGAAGUGUUCCAGAGAAACAAAAGAAGACUUCAAAAUUGGAAAACUGCGUUUGUACCAAGAAAGAAAUAGAUGACCAUAUGGAUUGUUUUGAGAAAUGUAAGGAAGAGUGUAAUAUGGAAACAGAUGAAAUUAAAGAUGAUAUUAUCUUUUUGGGAAAGAGAAAUGCCUUGUUGUUUUCCCCAGAAACAGCUUCAGCAGUACCCAGUGAAGACCUUCCUGAUGAUUUCUUUGAUCUAACAAUAGAUGAUGCUAAAAAGUUACUUAAGGAUGUCAAGAAAGAACUUCACAACAUAGAGAAUAGUCCACUUUUAACAUCAAAUUUGAGAAAUUUGGAAGAAUCGAAAAAACAAUUGAGAAGUUUGAGCAUUUAUAAGAAAACCAUUAUAAGGAUAAAGUUUCCUGAAAGAGUUGUAUUGCAAGGAACUUUUGCACCAUCAGAUACUAUAAGGGAUGUUAUUGAAUUCAUUAGAGAUUAUUUGGAAAAUAAAUCGUUGAGAUUUUAUGUUUAUUCAACACCACCAAAAUGUAUUUUAGAAGAAAGUAAGAGACUAAUAGAGCUUGGAUUUGUGCCAGGGGCACUAAUUCAUUUUGGUACUUACGAACAGGGAUCAAAAUACUUUCUUAGAAAAGAUUUAAAAGACAAGUUUACUAGUAACUCUGUGGCAAGUUUGGCUGCUGCAAAAAUUAGGAGAGAAAAUACAAGGAAAUGUAAUGUGAUGGAUGAGGAUGUUGAUACGUAUGAAAUGACAAAAGUCACACCUAUGGUAGUUGUAAAUGAAGGUGCAAGUACCAGCUCAGGUAUUACUCAUGAAAGGAAAAUACCUACACCUACAGAAAAUAUACCAAAGUGGUUCAAGCCACUGUAAACUAUUUGCUUGAAUUAGGAAUAAAUUUGUUUGUUUCUUUUCAUCAUUUUGUCAAAAAUGUUGUUAAUUGUUCGUGUAAAACUUCAAAUAAGAGAAUAAAUGUUAAUUUUUCAGCUGGAA